AUGCUCCCAGAACUCGCGAACAAUGGGUCGCAGACCGGGCCAGACCGAUGCCUGCCGUCGUCACGGCAGACCUGGGUGGAAAAACAGUCGUCCCCAUCGGAGCCAACACUGGACUUAGGAUUCGAAGCCGCAAAGCAUUUCGCUAAGGUGAACCCUGCGCAAUUGGUGUUGACGGCAAAGAAUGAAGCGAAGGGAAAGGAGGCUGUUGCUCGUAUGUUCUUGCGUUCUCAAAGAGACUGGAUACACAAAAGCGGGAUAUGGAUCAUCGACGUCGCCAAUUUCAGCAGGGUCAUUGCGUUUGUUGAUAGGGCUGAAAGUGAAUUCGAUCGAUUGGAUAUCCUCGUGGAGAAUGCUGGAAUGGCGACCUUGGAGUACGACGAACUGGAGGAUUGGGAGAGAACACACCGACUUUUUGGUCAUAAUUGA